AUGUCCGCACUCUCCUCCCGCCUCCCCUCGCUCGCCUCGUCCAGCUGCAGGGCCGCCCGCUCGUGCUCCACCUGUGCUCGAUCCGUCAUCCCCCCGCCCGUCUGCCCGGCAUCCUCCAACCCCCUCAAAUCAUUCAUCCUCCGCCCCACCUCGCCCUUCGGUCGGCCCACUUCGGGAUCAUCAUCUCGGGCCUCGAGGCCUCUUACCAGCCUCACAUCUUCAUUGACAAGGGCAACUCUGGCCAAGGAGGCGGAAGUGGGGACGGGGCGGGUGAAUGCUGCGUUGGCGGGUGUGGAUCAGGCGAGGGGGAUGAAGGUCCGGAGUAGCGUCAAGCUGUUCUGUGAUAGCUGCUCGAUGGUAAAAAGGAAGGGGACGGUGUACAUCAUUUGCAGCAAAGACCCGAAGCACAAGCAGACGUCUGGGACGCAGCGUUGGCAGGAAGACCUUUCUUGGCCGAGAGUACCGCGCAGCCCGAUUUGUAUCAAUGGACGCUAUCUUACCACUUCUCCUCUGCGUCUCGUGCAUGCUGGAGCCGCUCGUCGUUCGGUCGGUCAUCGCCUGGCUCUGCCUUCUUGCCAACCUGUACGCGGGGAGGUUCAGCACAUGGCGGAUGUAAACCGUAUCCGAUCGAUGGUCUGGACAAGGCACAGGCGAUCGGGCGAGAUCGACGAGAUCUGCGGGUGGCCGUAG